AUGACAACAACGGAAGACCAUGCCUCCACCAAGGCUGGGCCAAUACACAAUGAACAUAUCGCCUCAAGCGAGAAGCGAAAUUCAUUGGAGCACACCUUGACAAACGAUAUUCACGGGUUUGAGGUCGAUUAUGCAGCCUUGCCAAAAGGGUACUAUACCAGUCGCUUCUUCGUCGGAACCUUUUUCGCCACUGGUCUAGCGAUCAUAUGCGGCACAGGUGCCUUUGGAUUCGCGGCCCCAAUCCUGGGCGUGAUCAAUGCUGAUAUUGGACCCGACGACCGAUAUGUCUGGAUCUCACUCGUUUACAAUGCCGUUUUGGCCGUGUUCCUCUCUCCUGUUGGGCGUCUCUCGGACAUUUUUGGCCGUCGAUACUUCUUCGUGGGUGGUGCGAUUGUUGCAAUCAUAGGUAGCAUCGUUUGUGCUACUGCACAGGAUAUCACCACGCUGAUUGGCGGCAAUGUACUUCUAGCAGCUGCUACCGCCACACAGCUUAGCUUCCAUUUCGUUAUCGGCGAGCUCGUACCAAUGAAGCAUCGAUAUGUCGCUAUUGGCAUCAUCUAUGCAUUCACUUAUAGCUCAUCUGGUAUGGGCCCAGCUAUAUCUGCUUCCUUCAUUGCACACUAUCCCAGUGUUGGCUGGCGAGGUGUAUACUGGCUUUUACUUGCUUUGAAUUCUGCAGCUUUCAUUUGCUGGACAGCCUUUUAUUUCCCACCAACGUUCGACGAGAAGCACAGGAAUGACGAGAACCGUAGCAAAAUGUACUGGCUCAAGCAUUUCGAUUGGAUUGGUACAUUCCUAUUCGCCAGCGGCUUCAUCGUCUUCUUGAUGGGAUUAUCGUGGGGUGGCACAGUGUAUCCCUGGAGGUCAGCUGCUGUCAUUGCUGCCAUAAUUGUCGGCUUUGCGGUCAUGACCGCCUUUGUUCUAUGGGAGAUCUAUGCACCCAUCAAGGAGCCACUUAUUCCCAUGCAUCUUUUCAAGAAUGGACGCUGGGUAUCAGCUGUUGUACUGUUGGGUCUUGGAGCUGGCGUCUAUUAUGCAUUCUCGAUCGUAUGGCCUGCUCAAGCUGCAGUUCUCUACGGAAAUGGAGAUACUAUGCGAGUUGGAUACAUGAGCACUAUUGUAGGGCUUGGGAUAAUCACUGGACAAGUCAUCGCAGGAUUCCUGGCAGUACCUAUCGGGAAGACGCGUUUUCAGUGCAUGGUUGCCUUUCUUCUUGGUGGUAUCUUCCUCGGAGCUGCUGCCAUUGCAAAUGUGGACAACUUUGGCGCUACUCUCUCUCUCAUACUUCUUGGAUGUAUCUUCAUCGGAUGGAAUGAGUCGAUCUGCCUCGCCAAUGCAACGAUUCUUGUCGAAGACCAGCGUGAAAUCGGCGUUGCCGGUGGAACAGCUGGAUCUGUACGAGCGGCCAUUUGUGCCGUUCUUGUCGCUAUCUACACCACAAUCAUGACCAAUAGACUUGGGGAGACCAUUCCUUCUCAAGUCCCACCGAAAGUGGUCGCUGCAGGAUUGCCGGAGUCCAGCGUACCGGCGUUUUUACAGGCACUCCCCCUGGGAGGUAACGCCUUUGCCAAUGUGCCAGGUAUCACAGACCGUAUACUCGCGCUUGGAAUGAGAGCAUACCAGGAUGCAAAUGCGGAUGCGUUCAGGACUGUCUAUCUUGCUACCAUCGCUUUCUCCGCUGUAGCUGUCAUACUCACGUGGUGGGCACCAAACACAGACGAUCUGAUGAAUGACAAAGUAGCAGCCACAUUGAAUCAUGAAGGUCAGAAGGUCGAUGAGAAAAUGGUAGAAAAGCAUUCUAUGGCGACUAAUGUUUGA